GGCUCGGAUGGCUCAUUGUAGGGAGAACGGGAGCUUCCGAGAGCUUCUCAUCUGUCCCAUCUGCCUCGGGCUUUUUACCGACCCGGUACUCGUGCACUGUGACCGCAAUUUCUGUCGGUCUUGCAUUGUGUCUUACCGGCAGGUCCAGCGGAGCUCGGCCUGUUGCCCAGAGUGCGGUGAGGAUACCCCGGAGCUGAGCUUGCAAGCCAACCGUGUCCUGAGGGAUGUGGUGGACAAGGUCCGGAGAUUGAGCUCUCCCGAGGACGGCGCGGAGGGGGAGCAGCAUCUGUGUAGCGAGCACCGGGAGAGGCUGAGCCUGGUGUGUGAGACGGACGGAAUGCUGAUCUGUCCGGUGUGUAGGGACUCCGCGUUUCACAAGCAGCACAAGUUCAGGCAGCGAACAGAAUUCAUCACAACGUGCAAGACCAAAGGAGCUGCUCUCCUGAACUCACUGAAUCAGAAGGUGGUGGCUUUGAAAACAGCUCUACAGAAACAAGAAUUUGAGGUUGCAGGCACAAAGGAAAUGGGCUGUGACCUGAUCUGCCACAUUGCACAGCAGUUUGCUGACCUGCACCAGUUUCUCAAUGAACGUGAGCAUCAGCUGACAGGAAAGCUGGAAACUCAAGUGGAAAACAACCUGGCAGCUAUGGAAAGAAACCUGACCAAAAUGCGAGCGACCCUCUUCUCCACGGAGUUGGACAUAACUAACAUCAAGGCCAAGCUGGAACAAGGUGAUCUGACCUCUCUUCAGGAGAUUAGUUGCUGGAGGGACAGGUUUACUGGAGAGACUCCCACUGCUACAUCUCAGAAUGUGUGCCUGGGGACGUUCAAGGGGCCUUUACAAUACAAACUAUGGAGGGAAAUGAAGGCUUUCAUCCAUCCAGCUCCAGUUGCCCUAACCUUGGACCCCCGAACUGCGAACCCUUGGCUCAUGCUGUCCCAGGACCUAACCAGUGUGAUGAUUGUGGACAACAGGCAGCAGGUUCCUGAUGACCCGGCGAGGUUCGAUGUGUGUGUCUCUGUCUUGGCCACGGAAGGGUUUGUGGAUGGGACGCACUACUGGGAGGUCGAGGUGAGCGGCAAGUCCAAGUGGGAUGUGGGAGUAGCCAGGGAGUCCGUCAACAGGAAGGGUGACAUUGCCCUGAAGCCAGAGAAUGGAUAUUUGGUACUUUCCUUGAGCAAUGGAAAGGAGUACUGUGCUCUAACCUCCCCAGCACCCAUCCCGCUGCCACUGACGGUGCAGCCAAACAGAAUUGGAGUUUACCUGGAUUACAAAGGAGGUCAAGUGUCAUUUUAUGAUGCUGGUAACCUGUCCCAUCUCUACACCUUUACUGAGACUUUUACUGAGAGAAUAUUUCCUUUCUUUUGUCCUUGUUUGAAUGACACUGGCGAUAAUGGUGCUCCCCUUUCAAUUCAAGUGUUGUAUUAACGGGAUCUUUAAGAUCUAGUCUGAUCUGAGAAGACUUCUGUAUUCACAAGGUAUAAUGGUGUGGGAAGGAGACUAAGUUUUGAGUUGUUCUAAUCUAACCUGUUGUGGCUUGUCUGAUGUUUCAUGAAGCAAGCAUUUAUCACUGAACAGUCGUGUACCUUUGUGGGAAGAGUACAAUGAAAUGGUAAUAAAUUUGUCCUUAACAAAUGGCAUGAAAU